AUGUCUUACACCGUCACCGUCCGCGUCUUCCAGACGAACCCCUCCUCCUUCUUCGAAAUCAUCGAGAAAUGCGUCUUCAACUACGGCGGCGGCGGCGCCUGGACCGAAUCCAACGACCAACAAGUUCUCCGCAUGAACUCCUCCGGCACCUGCGGUACCCUCCGCUUCGAAUCCGCCGACCGCAACGAACGGUUCAUCGUGGCGCUCGGGGUGCACAACUAUGAGCGCUGGUGCGACGUCGUGACCGGGCUGGUGCCGCACGACACGGGCGUCGUUAUCACGCCGGAGUGGUAUGGCGCGAAGAGGUCGUAUAUGAGGGAGAAGACGUUGAAGGAUUAUAGCGUGACGAGCGCGACGGGGAGGAACAUUGAGGUGAAGUAUACGGUUGCGGAGGGCCAUGAGCUGAAGGCGGAUAUCAUCAUCGGAUGA